AAUGCAAAUUACGCUUUUAUUCUGAAAGAUCUGGCCGGAAGUCCUGCUGUUGUUGCGGCUAGAGCGAACGAGGGAGGCCGCCAUCACUUUCUUGCAGCUAGUUUCGCUCAGAAACACAUAACAUUUUAAGCUUUGGGUAGACUAGAUCGGUGACGGUGUCCUACAAUGAUCAUCCCUGUCCGGUGCUUCACGUGUGGGAAGAUCGUAGGUAACAAGUGGGAGGCAUACCUCGGUCUACUUCAAGCAGAGUAUACCGAGGGUGAUGCACUUGAUGCCCUGGGCCUGAAGAGAUACUGUUGUCGGAGGAUGCUCCUUUCUCACGUGGAUCUUAUUGAGAAAUUGUUGAACUAUGCUCCACUGGAGAAGUGAUUGCACCUGGCCACCUUCAAGAACUGCAAGGACUUUGUGGGGCUGUGGCAUGGACAAAUUCAUGUUAUUACAUUGAUGGGUGACAACAAAUGGCGACCACAGUGAAUACUAUUGGAAAAUUCAUUUGUGCACUUUGAUGGGUUUUUUUAAUAAAUAAAGCUGUUAAAUGACA